AUGAUUUUUCUUCUUUUUCUGAGCAUCACGGGAUGGAUCCUGUGGUCGGUGUACAGCUUCUUAAUGUACUGCCGGACCUCUGUUGCUGGGAAAACGGUCCUCAUCACGGGAGGGUCCACUGGUGUUGGGAGGUGCCUCGUCAUUCGCUUCCUGCAGCUUGGCGCCAGGGUCAUUGUUUGGGACUAUCGCAAAGACAAGCUUGAUGAACUUAAGCACGUGGCACUUCAGAGUAAUCCCCAGCUGGAGAAAAGUGAAUCGAACGGAGACGAUCCGGUGAAAGAUUCACAGAUGAACGCGGGUAGCAGUCAAACCGUCACCAGCGAGAAGCUCCUGACGUGUGCUGUUGACUUUUCGAGUCGCAUUCAAUUGCAGCGCGCGAUAAAGGAUCUGGAAAAUGUCCAUAUUGUUGUGAAUGCCGUGGACGCUGGCAGUAGCAAAACUUUUUUUAAUCGCUCUGACGAGUCCACCGAAAAGAUCAUGCUGGCCAACACUUUGUGCCCCCUUGUUCUUGCCAGGGUGUGCCUUCCGAGGAUGGUGCAGCAGCAGGAUGGUCACUUUGUCACCAUCGCAUGCAAAAAAGGGCUGCUGGGUGACGUGGAGAAUCCAGACUGGGCAGCCUCCCGUUGGGCGUCCAUUGGGAUGCAUGAGAGCAUCCAAAUGCUCAUCAGGCAGAAUGACAGGAGUGGGAAAGUACGUACUACACUGGUUUGCCCCUACGACAUUUUGCGGCCUUCCGCAGGAGCACUGUCUUCUACUUCAUCGGCGAGCUUCGAUCCGUCUGCCGAUGGUGAAACUGGACGCAAACCGUCUGGUGUGAGGCUAUUCAAUAUGUUUUCAUUAAAGCCACGGUCGUUUACUCCCGAAGAGGUUGCAGAUACUUGUGUUUGGGCGAUUUGUCAUGGUGUGGAACGCGUGUUCCUACCUGCCACUUUGUUGCUUCUGCCGAUGCUUCGAGUGUUGCCAGUGCCGUGGUUUAUGUGGAUCAUCUCCUUCCUGUGA